UGCCUGCGGGGCCAGACAUUGAUGACAGUGGGAGGACUGGGAGUCGUGACUCGCCCUGAACAUGGCUGACAUGACCAACGACUCCACACGCCGCCUCGUCUCCAAGAAGCAGACCCUCGAUGAUGCCUACGCGGCCCCCGCCAACUUCUUAGAGAUCGAUGUAGUCAACCCUAUCACUCAUGGCGUGGGUAACAAGAGAUAUACGGACUACGAAGUUCGUAUGCGGACCAACUUACCAGUGUUUAAGGUGAAGGAAUCAAGUGUGCGGAGGAGGUACAGUGAUUUUGAAUGGUUAAGAAAUGAGCUUGAAAGGGACAGCAAGAUAGUUGUGCCACCACUACCUGGAAAGGCAUUAAAGAGGCAACUACCAUUCCGAGGAGAUGAUGGCAUAUAUGAAGAGGAAUUUAUUGAGGAUCGACGCAAAGGACUUGAAGUUUUUAUUAACAAAAUAGCAGGACACCCUCUUGCCCAGAAUGAAAAGUGCCUACAUAUGUUCAUUCAAGAGCCAGUCAUUGACAAAAACUAUGUGCCUGGCAAAAUUCGCAACACGUGAGUCUGCUCAAUCUUCCCCUCAGUCCAAGUGACCAAUGUGGAAGCUUUGUGUAACCAUCUGAUAUACCUUAUUGAUGUAAUAAUGCCGAAGAUUGGAUCUGUUGCGUGCGAGGAUGGGUUUUGUUUACCAAUUUACAUUGUACCUUUUCCCAGACACGGGGAUGCUCAUCAAUGCCACUGAAUAUUUCUUAGUUGUCUCCUGCCUCAGCUAAGUCACCCAUCUUCUUAAGCAUUUCUUGCAUUUUCAGGAUUGUGGUGAUAAUCUUUUUCAUCAUUUGUCACUUGUUUCAGCUAAUUUAGAUGCUUAAUUCACAUGUAUCUGCCCUUAAAUAUAUUGAAGCCAUCACUUUCAUUCCUUUUCAUAUUCUGCAGAUCUUUGUGCAUAUUUCAGAAAAGAGCCCAUCCUGAUGUAAUAAUAUGGUCACUGGAUUUGUACUUUUUCCAUUCACAAUAAAGAUAUACUGCUUUAAAGUGAGCACUUGUCACUCUCAACAAGCACUGUGCUGAAGGUCAGGGGCCAGAUUCACGAAGUACUGUAGUUACACAAGCACUUACGAACCUGUACAUUCUUUUCUCAAUCUUUGGCGGCUCUCUUUAUAAUUACUAGUAUUAAACAGUUAAUGAGCUCUGAAGCA